GGAGCAGCGUUGAGGCAUCAUUCCUACGUUGUCUGCGGCCGUUUGGGACGGAUCUGCAGGAUUGAGCCGCUGCACUUUUUGGGGAACCUCUAGUAUGAGAACUUCCAUUACAGCUCCUUUGAUUUCUUUCAUUCUCAUAUUUGAUCAUUUUCUUUAUUUUGACCAUCCGACCUCAUUGUUUCGCCCUUCUCAUUUUUCUGCUGCUGUCACCCACAGUUUGUUGCCCACCACCACCAGCAGCAGCAGCAGCACCAUCUGAACGGGGUAUAUUUUACCAUUCCACCACCACUCAUCACUCUCCUUUUUUUCCUGCUGCUGCUCUGGAUGUUGGCGUGCACUGCUGGACUAUAACGCAGGGGGAUUUAUAUUUCUAUUGAUUUCCAUCUGCCGCCCGGCCCACAGCGGACACCACCACUUUUUCUCUCUGAGGGAUGUAUUACAGCGGGGUGAAGUCUGCGCUCUGAAAAGGGGAGAAUAUAAACCCACUGCCCGCUGAAUGAACUACUGCCGUGCGCCUUUGCAUUUUGGAGCAGGUCUCUCAUCUGGAGAUGCUCUAGUACAUCUGAUCGAGGUUUGUAAUCCGUGCGCAUCACCUCUGGAUCGGGAUAUAAAGUGAAGAAAUUGCCGUGGUCAGCCUUUUCUGGAGCGCUUGCGUCCUCUGAUUUGUUUUGUGGACAUAUUUGGUUAUUUUGAGAAGGAUUGUGCACCCACCCGGAGGCGCGCAGGCUAACCAUGGGGGACUCGAUGUGGAGAUAUUAUUUUGGAGUUUUGUUUAUUGCCUUCAAAGUGGACUUGUGCCGGGCGAUCAUCCUGGAGUCCAUCUACUGGAACACAACAAAUACCAAAUUCGUGCCAGGCCAAGGCGUGGUAUUGUACCCCCAGAUCGGGGAUAAGUUGGACAUUGUGUGCCCUCGUGUGGACAGCGCGGUGAGCGAUACCGUGGAGUAUUACAAGGUAUACAUGGUGCCUAGGGAGCAGCUGGAUAGCUGCACCAUCACCAAGGCCGACACGCCGCUCCUUAACUGCGUCAAGCCCGACCAAGAUGUCAAGUUCACCCUCAAGUUUCAGGAGUUCAGCCCCAAUCUAUGGGGCCUGGAGUUCUUCAGGGGGAAAGACUACUACAUCAUCUCUACAUCUAACGGGACCAUGGAUGGCAUCGACAACCAGGAGGGGGGAGUGUGCAAGACCAAGUCCAUGAAGAUAAUCAUGAAAGUGGGACAAAAUCCCUCUGACCCUAUUUCACCCAAAGACAGCCCCACCAGAGUACCAUACUCUCCCAAGCACUCAGAUGGCAAGGAGGCCUACAACCCCAACGAUGUGCUGGAGAAACCAGGUGUAGCACCCAGAGAAAGCAACGACAAUGACAACGGUGGAAAGUCCUCCACCGGCAUCGGCUCCGAUGUGGCCAUCUUCGUUGCCAUUACUUCGGGCAGCGUCAUUCUAAUCAUCAUCAUCAUCAUGUUGGUCCUGCUGCUGCUCAAGUACCGGCGGCGGCACCGCAAACACUCGCCGCAACAUGGGGCCACGCUGUCUCUAAGCACCCUGGCCACGCCUAAGCGAAGCGGAGGCGGCGGGAACAAUAACGGCUCGGAGCCCAGUGACAUCAUCAUCCCGCUCAGGACUGCUGACAGCGUCUUCUGCCCGCACUACGAGAAGGUCAGCGGCGACUACGGCCACCCAGUCUACAUAGUUCAGGAGAUGCCUCCGCAGAGCCCGGCCAACAUCUAUUACAAGGUCUGAGGUGGAACUUUUAAAAGCAACAGACGAACUGGAACAAUCCCGGGCAGAGCGGGUUUUUAGUUUUGGCUGGCUCCGCCGGCACGCCCGCAAUCACUCUCGCUCUUUCUCUCUCUGUCUCUCUCUGUCGACUCCUCCUCCUCGUCUCUGAUGUUUUGUCACUACUUUUUCUUUCUCAAAGUUUUGCUGAUACCUUGUCGCUCUGGUUUGGUCCCAGUUGUUGCACGUGGAGGGCCGGAGAGAAGGCUGCUACUGCUCUCUGGGGCUCUUUGGGAAAUAGAGAGGACGAUCUCUUUUUUCCCCAAUGCUGCUCCUUGUUUUGUUUUGUGCACUGCAGCCAACAUUUUGGUGGAACUGAGUGUUGUGGGAUCAGAAAGUUAAACAGAUGCACAGCGUGAUUUUUCUUUUUCUGGGAUAGGACGGAAGGACGGACGGAUGUAUGGAUGGGAAGGUUUUACUGGCAGGAAUUUUUGGCCUCACCUUAAGAGAGACUACUGCUUAGAAAAAGAGACACAAUACGAGUGAGAAGGAGAUUCAAAAGAUUGUAUGGGCUGACCAUGAACUCACAAAAUGGCUGCCCUCCCUUAAUGCUCACUAGCCAGAGAGACUCUGAGGAUUCAGCAGUCGGACAAGGAGAGAGAUUCUCACACCAAUCCUCUCUGGGAUUUUCCUGACUGACUCACGGAGAUCACCCAUUCACCCUGCCACCCACAUGCUCACCAUCACAUAUACACACAUUCACCCACACACACAGACACACUGUCUCACCAGUCAAUGUGAACUGUUUGGGUUUAAGUGGGGAUUGCACCAUUCUUUCCUCAUUUUCACAUAUAUUUUCAGCAAAUAACUUCUUUCAGAUGUUACUUGAAGGUUUUAAGGAAAAUAAAUUCCCUUUUUUUUGUACUGUCAACUUUUGCUGAUCUUGUUUUUGCUCGUAUCUGGUUUUCAUAUCCUGGUGUAGUUCAAAUGCAGAUAAGGAGAUUGCUUUUCUUCCUUUAGUGACAUGUCAUAUCGUAUGUGACGUUCAAACACAAGUGACCCAACAGUGUCUAGCAGUGGCGAGAGUGUGAAAUGAAGGAGUGAGGAUUCUUUUCAAUUUUGCGCCCUCUCGUGAGAGAAUAUGGCCCAUGUCAGGUCUGCCCAGGUGGCUCCUGGGAAGAGUGGAGGACUCUCAUAUACAUAGAGCAGCACAUUUAACUCUUUUCUGGUACCUCCAUUCUUCACAGCAGUCAGAGAGAGAAACAGUGAUAGCUAGAGAUGGGAGAGCAGCUGUAUCUCGUCAGAUUUAGUAGUGAGGGCUCGCCUCAUCUUCUCUAGAACCUGGGCUUUUCCUUUGGGAAAAUGUUAGGGGCAAUAAGAAAUCCAAUUCGCCUUACUGACGUGUAUUCCCAUCAGGUGAAGAAGAGGCCCGAGAUCUAGUUGAGGUUAGCAUAGCUGGCUGAAAUAGCUCUAGGUACUGUAAUGUUUACCCCUGGGGGUCCAAUGAUGAUUAAGGGUGCCCUAAGGGCCCAAAAUCAGUGUGACCGGUGCUCUCCUAUUCUUGUUUGAAAAAGCACAGGGACAUCUUAUUACAUUGUCACUGUUGUUUAAUCUCCAUUAGCAUUUCCAUAUUGUGAACUUUUGAUUUUCUUCUCUUUUUGAUUUUUGAUUUUUUUUUAAUAGAUGUACAUUUAAAAAAGGACAUUACAAAGAUGAAAAAAAUAAAAAUAAAAAGCAGAAUUUAUUUAUGAUAGACACAUAGAGCACAGGUGUUGUUAGGCAGUAUUGAGAAGAAGAAGAAGAAGAAGAAGAAGAAGAAGAAGAAGAAGAAGAAGAAGAAGAAGAAGAAGAAGAAGAAGAAGAAGAAGAAGAAGAAGAAGAAGUAAUGUUAAUAUAUUAUGGUAUAAGUGCACAUUAUGCAAUCUAGGUUUUUGAUUAUUUGAUAUCUCUCGACCCACUGAGUCCCGUAUUUUCAUUAACUCUCGUUCCUGGGAAAGAGGACGGGGGGAGGGCAGCCUGGGCCGCGGCCCGAUGGGAGCAGAGUUAUCUGACCUAAAAUAGCUCACAUUGGUGUACACAAGGGCAAAGUAGCUGUGUCUCCCACACUCACUCAGUGUAGCAUCUCCCAAAGGAUACUUGUCAUGAACACCCAGUGCCCCUGAUUCCCCUCAUACACACCUUCCAUGUUCUCUGUGCAUAUGUGUACGUGUGUGUGUGUACGUGUUGAGCAAGUCUAUAUUUCAGUGACUUCACAUUCAUUAAUAUCUUUGGCUUAAGAUCAUAAACGUGACUUAAGCUGUUCCCGGAGCAUGCAUCAGCCCAUCAUCCACAUCGCCAUUUGUUCAUAAAGAACAUCAAAUUUCACCGAAAAGCCAAGCCUUGUAUGAUCUGGGGUUUGUGCCUCUAAGAGGCUACAAAAUCUGCAAAUAUGCAAUUCUUAUUUAUUUUUUUAAACAAUUCUGAGAAAAAAAACCCACCUAUGGAAAGUGUUCUUAACCACUGAAAGAUGUAACAACAAACAAAUGACACAAAACUAGCAAAGUACGUCACACAAGCCUGCUGUUAGUUUUUAUUUCCUGCAUUAUUUGUAGUAUUAUUUGAACCUUUUCUGUUUUAACGAUGUGCCGUAGUACAAAGGUAAACUGUGAAAAAUGAAACCAUUAAAAAGCAUAUAUAUCACACGUGAACAGGUAUUUAAGAAAAGAUGAAAAAGACACAUACAUACAACAAAGAAAUGGCUGUUUAGUUGCUGUCUGUCUGCGGCAGAAUAUGACAAUCUUAUUAGUUUAUUUGGAUCUGACGUCCUUUUCUUAGCUGCCACUUGACUAACGCUCUCCCAACAUUGACCAGGUUCGGUUCAAACUGUUGUGAAACGUCGCAGCGAUGCUGUGAGAGUCUUAGCAUAGAGGCUAGGAGAAGCACCUCAGGCGACUGUAAAAUGCCUUGCUCGUAUGGUCAGCCCUUGGUCACUUGACUCAGUAAUUUUGCACCGUACUUCUGUAGGUAAGAAACUGUAAAUACAUUAAUGUUUGUAUUGUAUAUGGAUCCUGGGUUGUUACAAUAGCCUUAUUCACCUUUUUAGGAAAGUAAAUGGAAAAAAAAAGUACAGAGAAAAACACUUCAGUAAAACAGAGCAUACUACUUUUUUGGUAAAUAGCUUAUGUAAAUAUUGACCAGAACCCAAUAAAAAACAUUUUUUUAUAAACUCUUAAAGUAAGAUGUUUUGUAUAAAAUUUGAAUUUUUUGCUAUGUAUUUUAGCUAGCGCUCAAUGGAAAGCCCGUGUCCUCCCCACUCCCUCCCCUUUUGCACUGUUUCCAUGGUAAUUUGGUUUUAAAAAAUGAGAGAAAAGUUGCCAAACCGACUGCUGCAUAUUUGUGCCAUAAGUGUGUACCAUAAAUAUUUAUUGAAUUAGUUUCUUUUUUUUUCUUUUUUGUUGUGUUAACAAUUUAACUUCAGUCCAGUUUGUAAGUAACACAGUAUUAUAUUUGCAUUGUUUGUUCGUCUCCCCUGGUUUUCUUUAGUCAUGUCAUGGUUACCGGGUGGCUGUAGCCCUGUUUCCCCCUCCUUGCAGUAUGAGAUGGCCAGGCUGUGAAAAAUGGUUUUAACAUUCAAAAUUUAAAACAAGUUCAAAGUGAGGAUAAAUGACACACAUUCCACCAGUCUGUUACAAACUGAAAAUGUUUUUCAAUAAAAUGUUUUUCCUAUGGA